UCAAGAACAAAAUUACAAAAAACACAACAAACAAACAGGCAGACCGAAACAGUGACGACUGUAGAAGGUUCGAGGGAGGGAGUUUUCAGUUGCUUUCCUGAAAUUCACGUUUAUACGAUGGAAGACUCAGAGAGAGAUGGAGCUUCCAAACGCAAGAGGAACAUUGGUGAUUUGCCAGCCAUACCUAAGCGUCAACGAGAUGAGGCAGGACAUUCUUCAUGUCAGCCAAAGGGUAAAACUGUCCCUGUUCCUGAUGCUAUAAUUCGCAGCAAAACAAAUAAUACGGCAAAAGUGCAUGAAGACUACUCGUGUAGACUGAUUCUUCCAGAUGAUAAGAAUGGUAACAAGUUUUUAGUCCUGCAGAUCGUUGUGCUCAACGGUAGAUAUGCUGUCUUCUCUCGGUUUGGUCAAGAGGGUGAGGAGGGUGACUGGGAAGCUAAGAGAGAAAGUGGCCUUAAGGAAGCUGUUAAAACUUUCAAAAAGAAGUUUCGUGAGAAGACAGACAACGGUUGGAAUAAUAGAGAUACAUUUGUACCCCAGCCUGGGAAAUAUUACCUUCAAGAGGGUGGUGUGGAUCAAGAAGAAAUAGAAGAUAGUGAUAGUGAGAGUGAGCUGCAGUCCCUUGACCCAAGAACUGAACUAUUGAUGAAGCUCAUCCUCAACAGGAAAAUGUUCAUGAAGCAAAUAUCUGUGAUGAAACUGGACCCCAAAAAAGUGGCACCAGAAAGGAUAUCAGAACGGAUGCUCAGUAAGGCUGAGGAAGCUCUCACAGAUAUUGAGAAAGCUUUAAAACUUAGAAAGCCACCAGCUGUAAUAUUGGAAUUAUGGUCAAAGUUUUUCAAGGCUGUUCCCCACGUUGAUGAGGCUCAGGGACCUCCCCCUCAGCAGAUGGGUGAAGCUGCAGAAACAUUUUUACACAAAAAGAAAGAACUCAUGAUGAUUCUCAGUGAUAUUAGACAUAGCUGGAAUCUCUUGGAGGAGGUAAGAAUUUUCUUAUAUCUAUUUUUACUGUACAGUACUUUAUUUUUGUUAAUUAUAAUUUUUUAAAUUUAUCUUAAAGUU